AUGGCCGGAGCUUCAGCCAAAGCUGUGCCCCUUUUGAAAGAUGAGCUUGACAUCGUGAUCCCCACGAUCCGAAACCUUGAUUUCCUGGAGAUGUGGCGUCCAUUUUUCCAGCCUUACCACUUGAUCAUAGUCCAAGACGGUGACCCCUCCAAGACCAUUAAGGUCCCCGAAGGUUUCGACUAUGAGCUCUUCAAUCGGGAUGAUAUCAACAGGAUCUUGGGUCCUAAGGCUUCUUGCAUUUCCUUCAAGGACUCUGCAUGUCGCUGCUUUGGCUACAUGGUCUCAAAGAAGAAGUACAUCUACACCAUUGACGAUGAUUGCUUUGUUGCAAAAGACCCAUCUGGCAAAGAUAUCAAUGCACUUGAGCAGCACAUCAAGAAUCUCCUAACUCCAUCCACUCCAUACUUCUUCAAUACGCUUUAUGAUCCUUACAGAGAAGGUGCUGACUUUGUUCGGGGCUACCCUUUUAGUCUUCGUGAGGGUGCCGCAACUGCUGUUUCUCAUGGCCUCUGGCUCAACAUUCCUGACUAUGAUGCUCCAACGCAGCUUGUGAAGCCUCAUGAGAGGAAUACCAGGUAUGUUGACGCUGUGUUGACUGUACCCAAAGGAACCUUGUUUCCCAUGUGUGGUAUGAAUCUGGCAUUCAACCGUGAGCUUAUCGGACCGGCAAUGUACUUUGGACUGAUGGGUGAUGGCCAACCUAUUGGACGAUAUGAUGAUAUGUGGGCUGGCUGGUGCAUGAAGGUGAUCUGUGACCAUCUGGGGUUAGGAGUGAAGACUGGUCUGCCAUACAUAUGGCACAGCAAAGCAAGCAAUCCGUUUGUGAAUCUGAAAAAGGAGUACAAAGGCAUCUUCUGGCAAGAGGAGAUCAUUCCCUUCUUCCAAUCUGCUACUCUUCCCAAAGAAUGCUCCACUGUUCAGAAAUGCUACGUUGAGCUGUCCAAGCAGGUCAGGGAAAAGCUUGGCAAGGUUGAUCCCUACUUCAUUAAGCUAGCAGACGCCAUGGUCACUUGGAUUGAAGCUUGGGAUGAGCUUAACGGCACAGAAACUCAGUCUUCCAAGCAAGCUAAUGGCCCAGCCAAGUGAUCUAUAGGAAUAGUUUAUGAAAUCACUGGUUUCUUGCGGUUUUACUUCAUUAUCAGGACCAUUAUAUAUUUGUUAUUAUCAUCAUUAUAUAUAUCUUUUUUGUGUGAAAGGAGUUAUUAUUAUUAUAUUUAUUAAUUAUUAAUGCGUUGUUCUCGUUAUCAUUGUUAUGAUAAUCAUUAGUUGAUGUCA